UUCUCGCUCGAAUAAAAUUCGAGUAUUCUCGAGUAUCGCGUGUACGUUCGAGCGAAGUGUCAAACGGACAGAAAAGGAUGGACUUCGAAAGUCCUGAUGUUGAAAAAGAAUUUCCAGGAUUGUACGCCUCGGAAUCAGCCAAGAAAAGUAACGAGAGUGAUUUUAGCGACGAAGGUGGUCACGAGAAACAUUCGAAAAAGGAGCUCCUCGGUGGUAAACGCAAAGAGAAAAAAGAUCGUAAGGACAGGGGCUAUGCCACAUUAGAAGGUGAAAGUUCACCAGACGAGGAUCAGGAAACAAAAAGUCCUUCAAAAUCAAAAAAAACCAAAGCUUUUAAAUUUCCUUCAAAGAAAGAAAAACGUGAAAAAUCCAGAGAGAAGGAGGCAAAGGAAAAAGAUGUUGAAAAGGAGAAAGAUAAAAAAAAGAAAGACAAAGACGAUAAAGAUGCAGAGAAGGAUAAACGUAAAGACAAAGAUAAAGACAAAUCUAAGCAAAAGUUAAAAGAUAGAAAGAAAGGAAAACAUGCUGGCGAAGAAGGUUUAGAUAUUGGCGAGGAGCAACCGAUUUUUGGAGUCACUUUAAGUCUUGCAGUUGAAAGAAGCCGAUGUCAUGAUGGAAUAGAAUUACCAUUAGUUGUACGCGAUUGCAUUGACUAUGUUGAAGAACAUGGUAUGAAUAUAGAAUGCCUGUAUAAAAUCCCUGGAGUGAAAUCUAAAAUACAAAAUUUAAAAAAACUUUAUAAUCAGCGAGAGACUGUAAAUAUAGCAGAGUUUGAACCUACGGUAGCUACAAGCUUAUUGGUACUUUUUCUUAGAGAAUUGCCAGAACCUGUUUUAGAGAAUAGUGAGACAAUAUCAAGAUUUGAACAAGCUGCAUCAACAAAAGAAAUUGCUCAACGGGAGUCGCAACUGCUACAGUUAACACAUCAAUUACCAAAAUGCAAUAGAACUCUUCUUGCAUGGGUCACUCUACAUUUAGAUCAUGUUGCAGCCCGUGAAAAAACUACUAAAAUGAAUGCCCAGACAAUAUCCAUGACAUUAAGUCCGGUUUUACAAAUGAGUCACAGGUUACUAUCUGCCUUACUUUUUCACUGCAAAGCGCUUUUUCCUGAUGUACAAUUAAAAAAGUACAUUCCACCACUUUCGUCUGGUAGUACGAAUUUACCAGAAACUGUAGAAAGUAUAGCUGCUGAGUUAGCCAAGCAGGAAUCAUUGUUGUCACAAAUUCAUAUGCAAAUGAAUGCAGGUUUUGUCACAAAAUCAAAAGAAGAAGAAUUAUGGGAAGUACAACGUAUGAUAACGCAAUUAAAGAGAAAGUAUAAAACAGUUCAGAAACUUGAAGGCACAGCACAAAAAAGUUUGGAUGAAGAAGUAAAAUCAAGUGAUGAGAAUUCCAUAGAUCCAAAUUUACAAAAAUCAAAAGUUAUUGAAAAAGAAACUGGAUAUUUAAAAGUGGAGGGACCGAAAUCAUCUAACUCGAUUGUAAAAAAAAAUAAUCUGCAGCACAAUGUAGAAGAAAUUAAGGAUAAGUGUCCAACUUGUACAGGAUCGAAUACGAGUAUUAUACAAAAUGAACGAAAAAUAAAUUCGCAAGAAUUAGACGUGGUAGAUUCUGCCGAAUCAUCUACUAUGAUUCAAAAUAAAGAACAAGAAUCUAAAGGAGAUAACACUGAAUCUGAAGCAGAGGAUGCUAUAGCUAAAUUAAGAGAAAGUUUAAUUUAUGAAGAGUUAUUAGAUAUGCAAGCAUUAUUAAAAUCUCGUAUUACUCAAGAAAAAAGUGAGAUUAAACGACUCAAAGAAAUGCUUCUUAUGAUAACAGAACGAGAGCCAGAUAAAAAACCAAAACCAAAAGAAAGAGUUCAUUCUCCAAAUGAAGCUGAAAUAACAGCUAUGAUACAAUUAGCCAAAGAAAAUCAAUUAUUAGAGAAAAAAAUGACAACUUUAAUACGUAGCAUUAUUGAAGAAAAGGAUGCUUGUGUCGAAUUGCGUGUCCAAAUAGCAAUUCAUCAACUAAUGGCAAAAACUUGACCUUAAAACCAUAACUGGUUCCUUAGUGUUAUAAUGAUUACAUGACAAAAAUAUUUGAAUGAAUAUUACGUUUUGCACAAAAAAAAGAAUAUAUAGUUUAUAACAUGUUAUAAUUCCUAUACUCCUCAUAAGUCUAUAUUCUAUUAUUCUUCAAAACAGUAAGAGAGUACAUGCUUUAUAUUCUCCACUAUGACCCUUCAGUAUUUUACAGUUUGAAAAUACAUUAUUCUAUUAUUGCACAGAAUGUCUUAUAAUCGUGUUUAAUUAUGAUGAUAUCAUUCCAGUAAAGAAUGACUGAUUAUCAAUAGAAUAGAAAGGAUUGCAUAUAAUCAAAUAUAUUGAACUUUCAAUUUUUAAUAAAUAUACAAGAAAUGAUUAAAAUCUAAUUACAGAUACUUUGUUUUUGAAUUAAUUUAUUUAUCUCUUAUGAUUCGCUGUACAAGUAUUAUGUAAUGUUAUGGAAGAAAUGAAAAUAAAUGUAAAAGCAAAUAUUUAAAAUAAAAG